AGAGGUCAGCCGAGCCAUGCAUUUACGCGCGUCUUUGCGUUGUGUUGAGAGACAGACAGUGAGAGUGAUUGGAGGAGAAGAGAGAGUGAGUGUACGCUAUGUAGGAAUGCAGUGAACGGCACAGACAGUAGUGAAGCAAAGCAUUCAUUUUUGUGGCCAACAAUUGCGAGCAUUUUUGCAAACAUUUCAUUUGUGACUCAUUUUAAUUGUGUUGCAAAUUGAGUGACAAUUGAACUAUAAUUUGUUUGGCAAACAAUUAAUGGCUUUUCGAGAACUCAUUACUCGUUCACUCAUUGAUACGAUUCGUGACAAUUGGAAACAAUUCGUCUCCUGAUAGCCAACAUCACCGGACAUCUGAUCCACACAUCUCUAUAUCUCUGUAUAUGUUGUCAUAUAUUUGGCCAUAAGUUUAGUGCAGUUUUUAUACCCAAUAUUGUAUACAUUGUAUAUCUCCUGUCCAUUCAAUUGCCACUCAUUUGUCACAUCUUUUUCUUACGUGAACCACAAGUCGUCUCUUCUUUUUUUUAUUGUGAAUUCAACUCGUUUUUAAAUUAAGAAUUGGAUUUUUAACCCCGAUUUCAACUUUUUAUCCCAGUAUUUACAUUGUUUUUUGGAUCCGAAGAUUAUUAACUAAUAAUUGAUUGUCAAUAAUAAUGGUGUCGACGGUAUUGAACGGAAGCUCUGAGAGUCUCCGCGAGACGGAGGGCUCCAAUGUGUUUGUGUUUGAGGACAAGGAGUACCACAACAACGUGUUGGACAAUCUGAAUAUGUUGCGCAAGAAUAAGCAGUUCUGUGAUGUCAUUCUUCAGAUUGGUAGCCAUCAGGAUAUACAUGAGAUAUACGCGCAUAAAGUGGUGCUGUCGAGCGCCAGUCCAUACCUACUGGAACUGUUCUCCAGCGACUCGACGUGUCCAACGGGUGUCCAACAGUACAAACUGUUGACCGGAAACUACGACAUCGAGGCGUUUGACUGUAUUAUAGACUACGCCUACACCGCGCGGCUGGAAGUGCCCGUCGAUAAAAUCCGCGACAUCUACGGUAUCGCCAGUCGUCUGAAAAUGAGUUCCAUUGCCUACGAGUGCGGACAGUAUCUGCUGUCUUCGCUGACGGCUGACAACUGUCUGAAUAUUAGGUCGAUUCGCGGUGUACUGAACGAUCAGUUCCUGUUGGGCUCUGUGGACAACUAUAUCCGCCAAAAUAUGCCUGAAAUCGUUGAGAACAAGUGUUUGGACGCAUUGGCCAAAGUGCAGGUCGAAGUGUUGGUCAACAGCGAUGAGGAGAGAGCGGCCAUCAAUGAGCGCCACGUCUUCAAUAUGGUUCUCGAAUGGAUUCACACGUCGUUUGACAGAGAAAUGCUUAAUGUGACCAACAUUUGCGAGAAGAUGUAUAUGUUAUUCAUUAACAAAUCCGAUAAAUGCCUUCACGAUUGCAAUGAGAUUGAAAACGGAGGUAACGAUGACUCGGAUCUCAUUCAGGACUACAAACGCGAAUCACGGCGUCUCUCC